GGCUCGUAUAAUUUUAAUAUCAUUUGGACGGCGGCCUUGACUUCAGUUUGCCGGCCGUUCCGUUGCGGAGCAGACUCCACGCUGUGUGAAACAUCGUUGAGUUAAAAGAACACGAGAUGGUGGUGGUAGAACCGGAGAACUUUCUGGAGUACAUCCUGGUGGAGCAUCGCUGGAUAGUGGUGGUGACGGCGCUGCUGCCCAUAUCCUUGUUUUGGAAGGUGUGGUCUACGGUCAGGAACUAUGUGGUGUUCAAGCUGAGCAGUGCUCCGAAGAUGCACGACCGGAAAGUCAAAGAUGUGCAAAGACAGAUCAAGUCGUGGCUCUCCGGAGACCGCAGCACCAGGUUGUGCACAGCGAGACCGACCUGGCAGACCAUGUCCUACCGGCACAGUGUCUACAAGAAGACCUUCACCAACAUCAAAAUCAAUUUCGUUGAUAUCCUUGAAGUUGACACAGAAAAUUUGACCGUACGCUGCGAGCCUCUAGUCACAAUGGGCCAGCUAUCCAGGACCCUGGAGCCUCUCGGUCUCGCCCUAGCAGUGGUGCCGGAGCUGGACCAGCUGACUGUCGGCGGCCUGGUCAUGGGCACCGGGAUCGAGUCCUCCUCACACAUCUAUGGACUGUUCCAGCACAUCUGCUUGAAGUAUGAGCUGGUGCUUGCUGAUGGAUCUGUGGUAACGUGCAGUAAGGAGGAAAACCCCGACCUAUUUUAUGCAGUUCCCUGGUCAUACGGUACUUUUGGGUUCCUGACUUCUGUCGUCAUCAAACUCGUACCUGCUAAAAUAUACAUCCGCCUACAAUACCACCCUCACAACAAGCUGUCGGAGCUGGCUGACCAGUUCAGGAAGGAGUCCGAGAGUGACAAGCCUCACGAGUUUAUUGAAGCACUGAUGUAUACCAAGGAGUCUGGAGUUCUGAUGACAGGAGACAUGGUGGAUGAGAUUGGAACCGAUGGGAAGUUCAACCCAAUCGGCAAGUGGUACUCAGAAUGGUUCUUCACGCAAGUGGAGCGCCAUCUAAAGAACAACAAAACGGUUGUGGAGUACAUCCCGCUGAGGGACUACUACCACAGGCACACCAGGAGUCUGUUCUGGGAAUUACAGGAUAUCAUCCCAUUCGGCAACCACCCGAUCUUCCGCUUCCUGAUGGGCUGGCUGAUGCCCCCGGAGGUGUCGCUGCUGAAGCUGACGCAGCCCGAGGCUGUCUCCAAGCUGUACGAGAAGGCGCACGUCAUCCAGGACAUGCUGGUGCCUAUUGUGCAUCUGGAGGAUGCUAUUGAGAGCUUCCAUAAAGAAAUUGAGGUAUACCCCAUCUGGUUGUGUCCAUUCCGCGUGUUCAACCACCCCGGCCAAUUGAAGAUCAAGACGUCAGCUGACUCACAGAUGUUUGUCGACAUCGGCGUUUACGGGGUUCCUAAGGCCAAAAAUUAUGAAACCGUCCCAUCAACACGUCGCAUCGAGAAGUUUGUCUCCGAACACGACGGUUUCCAGAUGCUGUAUGCUGACACCUACCUGACAAGAGAUGAGUUUAGGAAGAUGUUUGAUCACACGUUGUACGAGAAGGUCCGGGAUUCCCUGCCUUACUGCAAGGAGGCUUUCCCCGAAAUAUAUGGGAAGGUCAACAGGAGUGUUAGGAAGUAAGGUUCUCCACUAUGAGAUUAGGGAGUGAUGAAAAGGAGAUUUAUCUUAAUAGAGAAAUAAUACUGACUUAUUCCCUUACAAGACGGGAUAAAACAUUUUUCUGUCAUAUAUCAUAAUAAACAAGCUGAUUCAUAGAACUUCUUUGGCCGGGCUAAUGGUGAAUUCAAACCAUCCAGGGCGCGACCCGCGACACAUAAAAAGAUCAUUAUAAUCGGCCCAGCCUGCUUUACGGUCUGUUAAAACAGGAUUUACAAAUUACCGAUACAUCCAAUUUUGAUAAUAUACUUAAUAUAAUAA